AUUCUCUCUUAAUAUUUCCACCACACAAAAUAGCACUUUGGCCACUACAACAUAAAAGAAAAAUGGAUAAAAGAUGGAGUCUUCAAGGUAUGACUGCUCUUGUGACCGGUGGCACUAAAGGAAUCGGGAAAGCUGUGGUGGAGGAACUAUCUAUGUUUGGAGCAAGAGUCCACACAUGUGCCAGAGACGAAACUCAGCUUCAAGAAUGCUUACGUGAAUGGCAAGAAAAAGGGUUUCAGGUCACCACUUCUGUCUGCGACGUUUCUUCUCGUGACCAACGAGAGAAUCUCAUGGAAAAAGUUUCCUCUCUCUUCCAAGGGAAACUCAACAUCCUCGUUAAUAACGUAGGGGUACUUCGUGGGAAGCCAACAACAGAAUAUGUCGAAUAUGAUUGGACUUUACAUAUCUCAACAAAUGUGGAAGCUGCUUUUCAUUUUAGCCAGCUUUCACAUCCUCUCUUAAAGGCUUCAGGCAAUGGAAGUAUCGUCUUUAUUUCCUCUAUUACAGGGAUUGUAUCACUUGAUUGUGGAUCCAUUUAUAGUCUAACGAAAGGAGCUCUGAAUCAGCUAGCAAGAAAUUUGGCAUGUGAAUGGGCAAAAGACAGAAUAAGAGCCAAUGCUGUUGCGCCGAAUAUCAUCAAGACUCCUAUGGCUCAAUCUUAUCUUGAAGACCUAAGUUUCAUAGAGGGAUUGCUCAGUAGAACUCCACUUGGUCGCGCUGGUGAGCCGAAUGAAGUUGCAUCACUAGUGGUCUUCUUGUGUCUACCUGCAGCUUCUUACAUAACUGGUCAAACUAUUUGUGUUGAUGGAGGGCUCACUGUUAAUGGCUUAUCCUAUAAGCCACAUGCUUGAGAAUGGUCUAGUUCAAGUCUUUACCAGUUGUGUCUUUUCUGUGUUUACCUGCAGCGUCUUAUCUAACGGGUCAAACCAUUUGUAUUGAUGGACGUUUCACUGUUAUUAGUGGCUUCUCUUAUCAGCAAGAGGCUUGGGGAUGGCCUUUUUUACGUUAUUUCUAAAUAUCUUAAGCUCUCUAA